CCAUUGCAAUGAGACCUCGACUAAAAAUGUUUGGGGCGCGUUGCGUACGCCUGGCGCUUCGACACUGUUCCUCUGCUCCGCGUGCUAAGCAUGCUGCAGCUGCCAAGCUCCUCCGCGUUCAGGAAGCGCUGGCAGUCCAGAACCCAAAUGAUAACGACAUUAAAGUCCAGGGUUGGGUUCGGUCCGUCCGGUCCCAGAAAGAAAUCUUAUUUCUGCACAUCAAUGAUGGCUCCUCUUUGGAAAGCCUCCAAGUAGUAGCGGAUCCCAGGUUGGAGCUCAGGGAGCUAACGUUUGGAAGUUCCGUAGAAGUGCAAGGGAAGUUGCUCAGAAGCCCCCACAAAGGGCAAAACGUGGAGCUGGCAGCAGAAAGCAUUCGCGUCGUGGGACCUUGCGAUGUGCUGACAUUUCCACUGAAAUACAAAACACGUCACCCGCUCGAAUACCUGCGGCAAUUCCCCCACGUCCGGUGUAGAAGCAAUGCUUUGAGUGCGCUCCUGAGGAUACGCAGUGAAGCCACAGCCGCAAUCCAUUCCUUUUUCCAGGAUAAUGGAUACCUGCAUGUUCAUACGCCAAUAAUCACUUCAAACGACUGCGAAGGUGGGAGUGACGUCUUUCAAGUAGAGCCUGAGAAUAAAGUUGAGGAGCCUGGAGAAAACCCCCAUUUCUUCAACGUUCCCGCCUUUCUAACAGUCUCUGGUCAACUCCAUUUGGAAGUGAUGGCUGGGGCAUUUACCAAAGUAUUCACCUUUGGUCCUACAUUUCGUGCGGAAAAUUCUCUGGGCCGCAGGCACCUGGCAGAGUUUUACAUGGUGGAAGCAGAACUGGCUUUUGUUGAAAACCUUCAGGAUAUCAUGCAGGUGAUGGAGGAUCUUUUCAAGAAAGUGACAGACGGGCUGCUUUCCAAAUGCCUUCACGAUGUUGGACUUUUUCAUAAGCAUGUAGCCCCUGGACAGGAGGGCAAGUUAGAACAGAUAUUGAAGAACCAAUUUAUAAUAAUGUCAUACACUGAAGCCAUAGAGAUCUUAAAGCGGGCUCCCCAUGUUUUCACUUACAAACCAGAGUGGGGUCAUGAUCUCCAGCGCGAGCACGAAAAAUACUUGGUGCAGCAUUGUGGCGAAAUCCCUGUAUUUGUAUUUAACUAUCCAUAUGACGUCAAACCGUUCUAUAUGCGGGACAAUGAAGAGGGAACCCAUCGUACAGUGGCUGCAGUUGAUCUUCUGGUACCAGGCAUUGGGGAGCUUUGCGGAGGCAGUUUAAGAGAAGACCGCCAGGAUUUAUUACAGUCCCGCCUACAGAGGACGGGACAGGAAGACACCUACCAAUGGUACCUGGAGCUGCGUCAGUUUGGAACCACCCCACAUGGAGGCUUCGGAAUGGGGUUUGAGCGUUACCUCCAAUGCGUCCUGGGAGUCGAGAACAUCAAAGACGUCAUUCCUUUCCCAAGGUUUCCUCGCUCGUGUGUUUUGUAGCACUUCCCCUCCUUUACUGAGAACGUGUCUCUUCUGCAUAUCUGUGGCCUGCCUGGAUGAUAAAAGGGAGCAUUCUUGGAAAGAAGAGUGGACCCCCUCAAUUUUCGUGUACCAGAUAAUCUUAGAGACUUUGAAAGCAUGACUUCUGGAAAGUCGAAGCGAGCUUGUAUUCAUAUACGGUACAUUGAAAUCUACAAAGCCGUUUGCAUAGCGUUAAUGCAUAUGCUCCGAAAUCCAGAUAGCUGCAAUCUAGUCUCAGCUAGAAUAAAUAAAACAACAUUUUGCUGGAAAUUAAUGUGCAAGAAUGGAUGCGGCUGAACUCGGGCGUCUGAGCUAGAAAAGACAGGAAGCUAAACUAGGCAGAGGCGCCGUGGCUUACGGAUUUGAAGAGUUAUGAAAACUGCUAUUCUAUUGCUAUUCCUGUGAUGAGCAAACCACCUCCUACUUCUACAAGCCUGCACUGACAUUGGAAAGGACACACUAAUUAGCUAAAUAUCGGGGUGAACGUCAAUGUAUUCCCAAAAAUGUUAGUAGCCAUUUUUCUGAAUUAAAAUUGGAGGGACAACUCA